AUGCGCAAACAAGUCAUUCUUCGACGAUCAGCGCCAUCAGAACGUCUCGGUCUCGGGAUUGCCAUUGAGAGCGAUGAUAACGAUAGCAAAGUGAUUUGUGUACGUGUGGAACAGGUGGAUCCGUGUUCCAUUGCUUCCCGAAGUGGCUUACAGGUUGGUGAUCGAGUGUGGAGUGUUGCUGGUACUGAUGUUCAUCAAUGUACUCGAACUCAAUGUUUGUCACUUUUACAGCAACCAACAAUGUCUAUUACCAUGAUUGUCACUCGACAAAAUGUCGCAUCUCCGCAGAAUAAACAUAAUCGUUGCAUGAUGACAAAUGGAUCUCAAAUUUCGCUUUUACAGAAAGGUUAUUUUUUUUCAGAUUUUGCAAUGUUCAUUGAUAUAUAA